AUGAUACAAGCACAAUACGCAGACAUGAAUGUUACAUGGCGAUUGAGAGCCGAAAGAGAGAAUGGAGUGACUAAUCUCUGCAUUUUUUAGUACGUCCUUCUUGCAUGCCUGCUGGCGCUGGCUCUGGCCGAACAUCACGAGGAGCACUAUGACCAUCAUCCAAAAUACAAGUUCCGCUACAACGUGCACGACACCCACACCCACGACAUUAAGGAACAGGAGGAAGCUCGCGACGGUGACCACGUGAAGGGACAAUACUCCCUUGUCGAGCCCGAUGGUGGCAAGCGCACAGUCAAAUACUCCGCCGAUAAGCACACCGGCUUCCAUGCCACCGUCAUCCGUGAACACCAUGGACACAAGGAGGUCACCUACGAGGGUCACGGUACCGGCAACAGCGGUGGAAUCGGUGGAAACGGCGGAGAAAGUCUCCACAUCCAGCAGCCACAUGCCCAGAUCAUCCAGGUACAAACUCAGCACAAGAAGCCCCAGCUUCUGACCACCCAUGGCCUGGGACACUACAGCAGCGGAUCGUCUCUCGGUUCGUCUCUUGGCAGUGGCAGCAGCUACAGCAGCGGAUCGUCUCUCGGUUCAUCUCUUGGCAGUGGGAGCAGCUACAGCAGUGGAUCGUCUCUCGGUUCAUCCCUUGGCAGUGGGAGCGGCUACAGCAGUGGAUCGUCUCUCGGUUCAUCCCUUGGCAGCGACAGCAGCUACAGCAGUGGAUCGUCUCUGGGUUCAUCCCUUGGCGGCAGCUACAGCAGUGGGUCGUCUCUGGGCUCUUCCCUCGGGGGCAGCUACAGCAGUGGAUCGUCUCUGGGCUCUUCCCUCGGGGGCAGCUACAGCAGUGGAUCGUCUCUGGGCUCGUCCCUCGGCGGUGGCAGCAGCUACAGCACCGGAUCUUCUCUCGGCAGUGGAAGCAGCGGAUUGUCCCUUGGCUCAUCUCUAGGCAGCGGCAGCAGCUACAGCGGCUACAGCAGCGGCUCGUCUCUCGGUUCCUCCCUCGGCAGUGGAAGUGGCUACAGCAGCGGAUCGUCCCUCGGCGGCAGCUACAGCAGCGGCGCAUCUCUGGGUGGUAGCUACAGCAGUGGCUCGUCCCUCGGUUCAUCUCUGGGUGGUAGCUACAGUAGUGGCUCAUCCUUUGGCUCAUCUCUCGGUGCCGAAUCAAACUAUGGAAAAUACAAACUGUCCUCGGGUAGCCAGGGAGCUUCCAGUCUGGAGGAGAGCCUCGGUGGUGCCCAGAUCAACGAGUACAAGGGCAAGAGCCAAGGCAGCGGCCACGGCAGCCACGCAAGUCAAAGCUCGAUCAAGCUCGACUUGGGACACCACGGAUCAUCUAGUCUGAAAAUCGACCACCACGCCGGUAUCGGACACAGCUCUCACAGCCUCAGUCACGGACACGGUGCUUCCUCCAUCAGCCUGGGACACGGAUCAUCAGGUCUUUCCCUUGGCGGAUACGAAUCGUCUGGUCUGUCUCUCGGUGGACACGAAUCUUCUGGCUUGUCUCUGGGCUCUGGAUCGUCGGGCUCAAGCAGCUCCUGGGGUCACGGUUCAUCAUCUGGCCUUUCCCUUGGUGGUCACGAAUCCUCUGGCCUGUCUCUUGGUGGCGGAGAAUCAUCUGGCUUGUCCUACGGUGGUCACGAAUCUUCCGGUCUGUCACUUGGAUCUGGAGCCUCCAGCUCCAGCAGCAUCUCUUGGGGACAUGGAUCGUCCUCUGGUAUCUCCAUCGGUCACGGAUCGUCUGAAUCCGCUGGUCUUUCCCUCGGGCACGGAUCUUCUGAAUCCUCUGGCCUUUCUCUCGGUCACGGAUCGUCUGAAUCAUCUGGACUCUCUCUCGGACACGGAUCGUCCGAAUCUUCUGGCCUUUCUCUGGGUUCAUCUUCCGGAAUCUCUGAGUCGUCAGGCUCCUCGUCUGGCUACAGCCACGGUCACUCUGAGAUCAAGUUCGAGCAGGAAAUCAGCGGCUCCAAGCACGAGCAUGGCCAGCACAGCUCCUCCCAGAUCAAGAUCGAGCACAUCCAGCCAAAGAAGCACCACUCUGAGCACCGUGGCAGCUAUGGCCACAGCGAGAUCAAGAUCGAGCAGGUGCACCACAAGAAACCCGAGUACCAGCACGUCAAGAUCCACCACGAGGAGUCCCAGCACGGCUACGACAGCCACGGUCUUGAGGGAAGUUCCGGAUCGAUUGGUGGAGGUUCAUCCGAGGGUGGCUACAAGUUCUCCGAGGCUGAACUGAAACUCGCCGAGAGCUACAGCAACGGUGGAAACAGCGAGGGAGGCAGCAGCUCUGGUGGUUACAAAUACGAGAAGCCCACUAUCAAGUUCGAGAUCCCCUCCAAAUGGUAGAUGAUCGACUGUACCUCUGAUAGAUCGCGCAGGGAUUGUAGAUACGUCUGAUAUUAUUAGUUUUUUGCUGAUGCAUCAUAGUUUUGUUUAGAUGCUUUAAUUGACGCUUUAUUCCUUCUCAGUACUAAUGAGAACACAAUAAAGCGAGCCGUACGACAAUUAUCGCGACGGAAACGAUCUUUCGUGACUACAGUCGACCGCGAUCUAUCUGACGCAUAAUGUAAAUAUGCUUAUAUGUAAAUGCACAUCGACAACGAGGCUCGGUGUCGUCUCGGUAUUAUCGAAAUUUAGCACCAUUUGUCGCGCCAAACUCUUCCUCGCUAUAUCAGAGUCAAAGAGAACUAUCGGCCAGUUAACAAAGGAAUUAUUAGUAUCGCCAAAUCGAGUCUCGACACCACUACGGCGCGAAGUGGAAAAGUUCUGUAUAUCCAUUGUAUAACCGUAUACGCAGCCACGUAACUCUUGUAUACUUAGACGAAAAUUUGUUUUCCGCUCUCCAAAGGAGCGAGACGCGCGCAAACGAGAGCCGCGGAGCUGCUGUCGGGAGAUUCCGGCCGAAACGAGUUUUUCGGGAUAACGAGAUGAGAGAGUGAGAAUGAAAAAAGAAUGAAAACGAAUCGGUACUUUCGUCGUGCUGCAGCUCUCGCAGGCGCAUUUGCGCGCGGUUCUAGAUAGAAAAGUGUGUUGUUUUUGUAUAUUGAUUUUUUUAAUGAUAUUUUUAUAUGUACCAUAAAUGUAUUGCAAAGAGCGGGCGAAGAUUCGCAAAGACUCCCGAUGCCUGCCGAAAAAAAGCUUGAAAAUAAAGUAUGAUAUUAUAUAUACCUCCAUGAAAUAA